UCCGGUCGCUGCUCCAUGCGCUCUCUCUGGAUGCCGGAGGAAACUCGUAACAACUCGCGUUAUCAUCGGCGGUUAGUUCGAAUCUCGCGCGUUAUUCACUCUGAAUUUGUUCAGUGUUUUUUUUUUUGUUGUGUGGUAUGUAUGUGGACUUUGGUAGUGUUUUAGUGUGUCAACGUUAGGCCGAUAUUUGAGCAAUGAAGAGUCAAAAAGUAACAAAAAGUUCCAAGUACACGCAAGCCUCCCCGAGCGACGUGAUCGAGUACCAAAACAUCCCCCAAACGAUCAUCCCCUUAUCCCCCCAAGGCACCACCAUCAUUAACGACCAUCAGGACAACAAAGUAACUUACGCGGAAAGCGUGUUUUACAACGUGAACCAGAGCUCGGAGCUACUCUUGAAAAACGCCCCGCCCUUAGUCGAACACCCCGCACCACCCCCGAGGCCACCCUCAAAGUCCAAACAAGAGAACGUGGACACGCUGUGCCAUUGCGUGCAGAACAAGGACGUGUGUCGGCAAAAAUCGCGAUUCGACAUCCGUGAUGAUGAUGGUCCGAUCGUGCUCACUCGGUCGUACUCGUCGUUGCCUCGGGUCGCCGCACCUCCGAGGCACACGUACGUCUGCGAACAGAACCAGCGGAUCCUCAGGGAAAUCAAAACUGCCUCGUUGAGACGCAUGCAAUCGCCGGAAAUUAUUAAUAUCCAUCGGGGACCGACCGGUGUGUUCUACGACGGUUACGGUGUCGAACAUUGUGCGGUACGACCCUGUGAUAUCCGUGAGGACUACUCGAGUUUGAGGAGGGGACAGUCCGUGAGGAGUACGAGAAGGAGUCAGCAACAACACGCCAAAAGGCGUCCCGACGGCGACGGCAUGGACGCUAGCCUGGAAGAGUCGGGAAUCGACGGUGAGAUGAUGCUGAACGCGUCGGAGCGCCACCUGCAGGACUGUCAAUGCGCGUGCGAUCACGUGGUCUACGGCCCUACGGCCUACACUUGUUUACAGGUAGCAGAAGUGAUUUUUGGUGAUUCAUAG